AUGGAGGAGUCUUCGUCUCUAUACAGUUAUUUCUCAUGGUCUAUGGAGUUGUUUGGAAUUUUAUCAUUAUAUUCAUCAGUUAUAAUCCCUUUAGUUUUGCUGAGUAACUACUUCAGGAACAGAUACAUAUUGCACGUUUCAAACGGUACCACGGGUUCUUGGCAUGCAAAAGCAAUGUACAUAUGUUUCGUACCUGAUGUGUAUUCUAUAGAACAUGCUCAGAAUGAGGCAGAUCUACCAAUCCCCAUAGUUAUGUCUACAACACGAUAUGGACUACAUUCAAAGCUGACAACAUGUUUGGAACGUAUCGAUUUCUACCUACAUUUGAAUCGUAGUACACCGAGCAGGACUUCGAAACAAUACUAUAUAUUAUUGGCAUUUUGCUUUUUUGGUUUACAAUCGUCCUACUUGCUAUGGGGAGUAUUGCAAGAAAGAAUCAUGACCAAAAUGUAUGACAAUGAGAGGUUUAAAAGUCCACAAUAUCUUGUUUUCUGUAAUCGUGCGAUGGCAUUAAUUAUUUUGAUACCUCUACAUUUUCUAUAUAUGGGAUUACUUGUUAACCCUUGGAAAAAAGGUCGAAAAGCUCCCUUUAUUGAGUUUGCAUAUGCAUCUCUCAGUAAUGUAAUCAGUAGCUGGUGUCAGUAUGAGGCCCUCAUUUAUAUUUCCUUUCCUAGUCAGGUUAUUCUCAAAGCUUGCAAGGUUUUACCAGUAAUGUUUAUGGGUAGAUUUAUUCAAAAGAAACUGUAUAGUUGGCAAGAUUAUUUUACAGCUGCUAUUAUUUGUUUAGGUAUGGUUAUGUUUUUUUACACUAAUCCUGAACAAACUCAACUUUCAAAAGAAAAAACUGAUAAUGCUGAAUUUCUAUUAUCAUUUAGUGGAUAUCUAUUGAUUAUUGGCUAUAUUGUCUGUGAUUCCUUCACAUCAAAUUGGCAAGAUUACAUGUUUCAAGCAUACAAACUCACUUCUUUACAAGUGAUGGCUGGUGUCAAUAUUUGGUCUACAUUUCUCACUUUAAUCUCAUUAAUUGGGCAUAGUGAAUUAAUUUCAUGUAUGCUAUUUGGAUUAAAUCAUCCUAAAUUUAUUUUUGAUGUUUUAACAUCAUCAUUGUGUUCAGCAUUUGGUCAAUUGUUCAUUUUUCUUACUUUGUCUCAAUUUGGAGCGGCCACAUUUGUACUAAUCAUGACAUUAAGACUUGGUCUAUCUAUGAUACUUUCAUGUAUUAUUUUCUCUCAUGAAUUACACCCAGUUGCUAUAUGUGGUGUAGUGGUUGUUUUCUUUGGUUUAUUUUUAAAAAUGUUUUUACGUCAGAAAAAACCUCUUCCACUGGAAAUUUCUUGUAUACUUGAUGUGUGUGUAGCAGAUCAAAUGUAUGUUGAUGAAAUGUCUGAAAUUAUUAGAAAUGAAUAA